GGAUUCGUGUGUUUAUUUAUUGCGGCCACUGAUCUGAAUAUUUUGUGAAAAUGUCCGUGAAACAUACCACCGAAAAGGCACUGCAAAUGCUCCGGACGCUGCCCCGCGUCACGAUCGGCAACAUACGCGAUAAUCCACAGUCCAAGCAAAGGCAAAAGCGUGGCCGGGCACAACACGCCGGUGACAAACACGGAGCCGGUAACAAGGGAUCCGGUCAGCGGCAGAACUACAUGCGCCUGGGGUACGAGACGGGUAACACUCCGUUCUACACCCGGUUCGGGUACGAACCGUACUACAAAGGCCACCACCUGAAGCGUGAAUAUCCGCCGAUCAGUCUGCAUCAGCUGCAGAAACUGAUCGAUACCGAUCGGCUCGACACGCAAACACCGAUCGAUUUGACGUCCAUCUGCAACACCGGCCUGUUUGAGAUCCGGCCCGAUCGGCUACACUACGGCGUGCAGCUUACGGACGAAGGGGCGGACAAUUUUCAGGCCAAAAUCAACAUCGAAGUGCAGCACGCCCCGGAACAGGUGAUUGCGGCUAUCGAGCGGAACGGUGGCGUAAUCCGGACGGCCUACUACGACCCACACAGCCUUUAUGCCGUAGUGAACGCGAAGAAGUGGUUCGAAAAGGGUGUCCCCAUUCCGAAGCGAGCGCUGCCACCGCAGGAUGCGGUCGAGUACUACACGGACGCCCGCAAUCGAGGAUAUUUGGCCGACCCGGAACGCGUCAGCCACGAGCGGCUAGUGUUGGCCCAGAAGUAUGGGUACGCGCUGCCGAAGAUCGAAGAAGAUCCACAGUACGAGAUGCUGACGCAGGCUAAGGAUCCGCGACAGAUUUUCUACGGUCUCCACCCGGGUUGGGUGAUCAGUUUACGUGAUCGUGCGAUCAUCAAGGCGAAAGAGUAGAACGAUAGAGCGAUAGGGUCGAAC